GUGUGUGUGUGUGUGACAAGUACAGCCCAGUGUUCUUUUACAUGUGACUGCAGAUAUCCUUCACAAGCAUAGUCAUGUUGAAAGUGUUAUGAGGUUGGGUGUGCUUCCCAGUGUGUAUCGGUGGGGCUGUAAUUGUCAUGGUGUCACAGUGAGUUUAUGUGCCGGCGCCUGUGCGUGUCAAGAUACGUGUGAGCCUGUGAGUCGUGGGUGCCUGUGUCGCCAUCAUUUAUCUGUGUGAAUGUGUGUGUGUGCACGCACCACUGCAAUGUAUGCAUCUCUGUGAUUCUGGAUGUGGGUGUGGUGUGAAGGGGAAGAUGUGUGUCACUGUGUCUGUGGGGGUCCUGCCUCUGGGCCACCUCCCAGCCCGCCCUCCUCCCCCGGUUCUGUGGCUCCCUCCCAGGCAGUGGCCCUGCCCCUUCCCUCUUCUCCCUCCCAAUCGGUCUGUGCGGGGGGAGCUGGUGCUGCGGCCCCCCCACCCCUCCCCAUCCAGGCCCCAUAAAUAGCAGCAGAGCCGGAGCUGGAGCUGGAUCCGGCGCCAGCGGCUGGAGCAGCAAGGGAGUCAGGGCCAAGGCCGGAGGGCCGGAGAGCCGGAGAGAGAAGCCCCCCGACUGAGAGCCCAGGGUCCAGAGCACCUGCUCUGUACACACAGUGACAUGUCGGACCCUGAGAUGGGAUGGGUGCCUGAGCCCCCAACCAUGACGCUGGGGGCCUCUCGGGUAGAACUGCGGGUUUCCUGCCAUGGCCUCUUGGACCGGGACACACUCACCAAACCCCACCCUUGUGUGCUGCUCAAGCUCUACUCUGAUGAGCAGUGGGUGGAGGUGGAGCGCACGGAGGUGCUUCGCUCCUGUUCUAGCCCUGUCUUCUCCCGGGUGCUGGCCCUGGAGUACUUUUUUGAGGAGAAGCAGCCCCUGCAGUUCCAUGUGUUUGAUGCAGAGGACGGAGCCACCAGCCCCCGAAAUGAUACCUUCCUAGGCUCUACAGAGUGCACCUUGGGCCAGAUUGUAUCACAAACCAAGGUCACUAAGCCAUUACUGCUGAAGAAUGGAAAGACUGCGGGCAAGUCCACCAUCACGAUUGUAGCUGAGGAGGUGUCUGGCACAAACGACUAUGUGCAACUCACCUUCAGAGCCCACAAGCUGGAUAACAAGACCCCAUCAGACGCAGGGCCCUUUCCCCUGUAUCCCCAGGAUCUGUUCAGCAAGUCUGACCCUUUCAUGGAGAUCUAUAAGACCAACGGGGACCAGAGUGAUCAGCUGGUUUGGAGGACCGAGGUGGUGAAGAACAACCUGAACCCCAGCUGGGAGCCAUUCCGCCUGUCCCUGCAUUCCCUAUGCAGCUGUGAUGUCCACCGGCCUCUCAAGUUCCUGGUGUAUGACUAUGACUCGAGUGGGAAGCAUGACUUCAUUGGCGAGUUCACCAGCACUUUCCAGGAGAUGCAAGAAGGAACAGCAAACCCUGGGCAGGAGAUGCAGUGGGACUGUAUCAACCCCAAGUACCGGGACAAGAAGAAGAAUUACAAGAGUUCAGGGACGGUAGUGCUGGCCCAGUGCACGGUGGAGAAGGUACACACCUUCCUGGAUUACAUCAUGGGUGGCUGCCAGAUCAGCUUCACGGUGGCCAUCGACUUUACAGCUUCCAAUGGGGACCCUAGGAGCAGCCAGUCCCUACACUGCCUCAGCCCCCGACAGCCCAACCACUACCUGCAAGCUCUGCGUGCUGUUGGAGGCAUCUGCCAGGACUAUGACAGUGAUAAGCGGUUCCCAGCUUUUGGCUUUGGAGCUCGAAUUCCCCCCGACUUUGAGGUGUCCCAUGACUUUGCUAUCAACUUUGACCCAGAAAACCCUGAAUGUGAAGAGAUCUCGGGCGUCAUCACCUCCUACCGUCGCUGCCUGCCCCAGAUCCAGCUCUACGGCCCCACCAAUGUGGCCCCCAUCAUCAACCGCGUGGCCGGGCCAGCUCAGCGGGAGCAAAGCACUGGCCAAGCCACGAAGUACUCGGUGCUGCUGGUGCUCACGGACGGCGUGGUGAGUGACAUGGCGGAGACCCGCACUGCCAUUGUGCACGCCUCCCACCUGCCCAUGUCCAUCAUCAUCGUGGGCGUAGGCAAUGCUGACUUCUCCGACAUGCGACUGCUGGACGGCGAUGACGGUCCCUUGCGCUGCCCCCGAGGGGUGCCUGCGGCCCGAGAUAUCGUGCAAUUCGUGCCCUUCCGAGACUUCAAGGAUGCCGCUCCCUCUGCACUUGCUAAGUGUGUCCUGGCUGAGGUACCUCGGCAGGUGGUGGAGUACUAUGCUAGCCAGGGCAUCAGCCCUGGGGCUCCCAGGUCCUGCACUCCGGCCACGACCCCCAGCCCUAGCCCAUGACUGCCACCCUCCGGACCAACACUCCUUCAGCCUCUCAGUGCCUGUCCUGAUCCUUGUAACUCCAGUGACCAACGCCUCCGCCUCUGGACCAGCUGUGCCCUCUGGGUCCUGGAAGUGAGUGGUGGGCCCUGUCUCCAUCUCUCCAAGCCCCAUACCUCUCAACCCUGUGGCCCCUCAGUGACUUCCUUUGUGAUGCUGACUUUGUGGCCAUUAAUAAAGAGAACUGCUCCUAGCACCUUA